AUGCCGACAAACAUAAUAAAACGGCAUCAAAAGCUUGCGGCAAAAAUGGCAAAAAAACAUGAAACUGAUUCGCAGACAAUCACACAUUUAAUGUUUCACGGAACGACGUAUCGUUGUCGUGAUCCGAUUACGACGUUGGAAACCAAAGUUGAAUUAUGCGAGAAUAAAGGGUGUGCAAUGUGUGGAAUUCUUAGAAAGGGAAACAAAACACGAAACCGAUGGUUUUGGUGGAAGAAAUCGGGGAUUUGGUCGUCGAAUGAUCCAGCGCAUUCAUUAAUCUAUUCCUUGAAAUGCGAUCAACGCCCUUACAUUAUGUUUGCAUUGGAUGUUCUUGCUCCAUUGCCCGGUUAUACUCUCAAAGUUUUUAACAAGGCUGUAAGUUUUCUAUUUCUUAUUCAUGUUUCUUCAGGCCACAAUACCGAGAUGUUUGAUAAUAUUUGA